CCUCGUCGCUGGAAGGGAAGCCUUGCGUCCUUGCUCGCUCGCAGCCAUGGCGCUGCUCCGAGGUGUAUUCAUCGUUGCUGCGAAGCGAACACCCUUUGGAGCGUAUGGAGGUCUUCUGAAAGACUUCACGGCGACCGACUUGACUGAGUUAGCUGCCAAGGCUGCUUUGUCUGCGGGCAAGGUCGCACCUGAGACCAUUGACAGCGUCAUUGUAGGCAAUGUCAUACAGAGUUCUUCAGAUGCUGCAUAUUUGGCCCGGCAUGUUGGUUUGCGUGUUGGCGUCCCAAAAGAGAUCCCAGCUUUCACUGUUAACCGACUCUGUGGCUCUGGUUUCCAGUCCAUUGUGAGUGGAUGUCAGGAAAUUUGUGUUAAAGAUGCUGAAGUUGUCUUGUGUGGAGGAACUGAAAACAUGAGCCAGUCUCCCUACUAUGUCAGAAACAUACGUUUUGGAACCAAGUUUGGAUCAGAUCUCAAGCUGGAAGAUGCUUUGUGGUCAGGAUUAACAGAUGAGCAUGUCCAACUCCCCAUGGGAAUCACUGCAGAGAAUCUUGCUGCAAAACAUAAUAUAAGCAGAGAAGACUGUGACAAGUACGCCCUGCAGUCACAGCAGAGGUGGAAAGCUGCUAAUGAUGCUGGCUACUUUAAUAAUGAGAUGGUACCAAUUGAGGUGAAGACGAAAAAGGGGAAACAGACAAUGCAGGUGGAUGAGCAUGCUCGGCCCCAAACAACCCUGGAGCAGUUAAAUAAACUCCCCCCAGUAUUCAAGAAAGAAGGAACUGUGACCGCAGGGAACGCCUCGGGGGUAUCUGAUGGUGCUGGAGCUGUUAUAAUAGCUAGUGAAGAUGCUGUUAAAAAACAUAACUUCACACCACUGGCAAGAAUUGUGGGCUACUUUGUGUCCGGAUGUGAUCCUUCUAUCAUGGGUAUUGGUCCUGUCCCUGCCAUCAAUGGGGUACUGAAGAAAACAGGACAGAGUCUUAAGGACAUGGAUUUGGUAGAGGUGAAUGAAGCUUUUGCUCCUCAAUACUUAGCAGUCGAGAAGAGUUUGGAUCUUGACCCAAGUAAAACCAAUGUGAAUGGUGGAGCCAUUGCUUUGGGUCAUCCCCUGGGAGGAUCUGGAACAAGAAUUACGGCGCACCUGGUUCACGAAUUAAGGCGUCGGGGCGGGAAAUACGCUGUUGGAUCAGCUUGCAUCGGAGGUGGCCAAGGCAUUGCCGUUAUCAUCGAGAGCAUGGCCUGAGGGGCAGGGGGCCCAGCGAGGCCCCCUCGUACUGUGCUGGGUCAGGCCACAGCAAAGCAGGUGGCCUUCGGAGCAGCUGCAAAACCAGAUGCGCCCUCUACUGCAAGUGUCUGAGUGUGAUUAAGGGAUAAUGAGGCAAAGAUGUAUUUCUGCACAAAAAUCCAACUACAGAGGCCUUAAAAGAAAUUGUAUUCUCUUGCCAUGUAAUUACUACAUAUGCCUUAGAUUAAUAUGAUUGCAAGAAAAAUGGAAUAAAUACUGCUUUAACUUCA